AUGGAGGGGGCUCUCCAAAAUCGGGGGGCUCCCCCAAACUGGGGGGUCACGAGACCCCUGCUCAUCCUGGUCCUGCUCCUCGCAGUGCUCCCAGAGCCCCCCCGAAGGCUGUGCCCAGUGUGCAACCCCCCUGCCCCCGGAUCCCCCGAGCCGCCCACUCCCCUCACCGUGACCACCCGGAGCCCCCCCUGCUCACCCCUCCAGCCCCGGGGGGGGCUCUGGGUGUGGGCGGGACCCCCCUCCCGCACGGGGGCCGUGGGGGACCCACUGACCCUCGAGUGCCACUUCCGAGCCCCCCCUGGCGCCACCCUCAACUGGCUCCAGGUGUGUCCCCCCAGGUACGGGGACGUCCCCGGGGGCUGCAGCGGGGCCCGGGAGGUGGUGGCCACCCGGGGGGGCCAGCAGGUGGCCAAGGAAGAAGAGGGGAGGGCCACCCUCACCUUCCCCAAACUGUCCCACAACGACUCCGGGCUCUUCUUCUGCCGCGUGGAGUUCGGGGCUGAGACCGCCCGGUCCUGUGGCACCUUCGUCAGGGUCCGCGAGCCAGUUCCUGUCCCAUUCCUGGACCUCAGGGAGAGCACCAAGAACCGGAUCCUGACGGCCCAGGGGGUCCUUCUGCUGCUCUGCUCGGCCGGGCCGGGGCUGCUGCUGCUCCUCAGGAAGCGCUGGGCCAAUGAGCAGCUGCUGCGCCCCCAAAAACCCACCUGCGAGGAGGAAAACCUCUACGAGGGGCUGAACCUGGAUGAGUGUUCAAUGUACGAGGACAUUUCCAGGGGGGUCCAACCCACCUACCAGGACGUGGGGACCCUCCCCAGUGACUCCCAGCUGGAGAAACCCUGAGAGACUCCCCCCAAAAAAGGGGGUCUCUCAGGGUUUAAAAAUAGGGGGAUCCCCCAAGGAGGGGUUUGGGAUCCCCCUUCCUUUGCUCGGUCCCCACUCAAUGCUUGGCUUUGAUGACACAAGGCUGUGCUGACCCCCCCCCAACCCCAAAAUAAAACUGAUGCGCUGCCGGGGAGUUCCUGUGGUUUUUUGGGGAGGCUGGAGGUGAUAAAUCGUUGGUAAGUUGGUAAUUAAGGAAUGGUUAAUUAAUCAAGAUGU